UCCAUUCAUUAUUAUCAAUCAUGGAAGCUCCUCCUUUGCACAUAGCUAUGUUUCCAUGGUUUGCUAUGGGACAUUUCACACCAUUUCUUCACCUCUCUAACAAAUUAGCACAAAGAGGACACAAAAUCUCAUUCUUCAUUCCCAAAAAAACACUCAACAAGUUACAACAUCUCAACCUUCAUCCACAUCUUAUAACAUUUUUUACUAUCAAUGUUCCUCAUGUUGAUGGUCUUCCUCAUGGUGCUGAAACAACUUCAGAUGUCCCCUUUCCUUUAUUCCCUCUUAUUGCUACAGCCAUGGAUCAAACAGAGAAAGAUAUUGAACUUCUUCUAAAGGAACUAAAGCCACAGAUAGUUUUCUUUGAUUUCCAACAUUGGCUCCCAAACUUGACUAAAAAACUUGGCAUCAAAAGUGUUCAAAACUGGAUAAUGAAUCCAAUUUCAACAGCUUACCUUGGAAAUCGACCAAGUCAAGGAAGAGAGUUGACUGAAGUUGAUCUAUUGAAACCACCUUCAGGUUUCCCUGAUUCAUGCAUCAACUUGCAUUCACACGAACUUCGAUUUCUAGUUUCAUUUAAGAAACUAGAGUUUGGCAGUGGUGUUUUAUUCUUCGAUCGUCUGGAAUCAGGCUCAAAAUUGUCAGAUGCAAUUGCUUUCAAAGGUUGCAAAGAAAUUGAUGGGAUAUAUGCUGAUUAUAUUGAAAUGGUUCUUCGAAAACCUGUUUUUCUUUCAGGUCCUCUUUUACCUGAGCCAACCUUAUCUAGCUUAGAGGAAAAAUGGGUAUCAUGGCUUAAUGGAUUCAAACAUGGUUCUGUGGUUUAUUGUGCAUAUGGAACUGAAAGUGCAUUAGAACAUAAUCAAUUCCAAGAGUUGUUGCUUGGUCUUGAAUUAACAGGUUUUCCAUUUCUUGUGGCUCUUAAGCCUCCAAUUGGAUUUGAGUCUAUUGAAGAGGCUCUUCCUAAAGGGUUCAACGAAAGGGUUAAAGAAAGAGGGAUUGUUUAUGGAGGUUGGGUGCAGCAACAAUUGAUUUUAGAACAUUCAUCUGUUGGGUGUUUUAUAACACAUUGUGGAGCUGCUUCUAUAACUGAGGGACUCGUUAAUACGUGUCAGUUGGUGUUGUUGCCACAUGUCGGUGCUGACUAUAUCCUGAAUGCAAGAAUGAUGAGUGCAAAGUUGAAAGUUGGUGUGGAAGUUGAGAAAGGUGAAGAAGAUGGAUUGUUUACAAAGGAAAGUGUUUGUAAGGCUGUGAACAUUGUCAUGGAUGAAGGGAAUGAAAUUGGAAGAGAAGUUAGAGCAAAUCAUGCAAAAAUGAGGAACUUUUUAUUGAGUGAGAACUUAGAAUCUUCCUGUGUUGAUAGUUUCUGCCGCAAGCUUUAUGAUUUGCUCUAGCCUUUUUAGUUGCAAUGAUAAUAAAUCUUGCUAAAUCACGUUUUAUGAUAUUCACUAUUUCUAUAUUAAUUUGUUGUAAUUUUGAUUCCAAAACAUAAUGUUAAGAUUAAAGGUUGUGAUUAUUUGAUCGGUA